CCCGCCCGCGCGCGCCCGCCCGCCCGCCGGCCUCGGGGAGCCGGAGCCGUCCGCGGGGCGGGGCGGGGCGGCCACCCACCAUGGAGCCCCAGCGCCGGGAGCUGCUCGCCCAGUGUCAGCAGAGCCUGGCCCAGGCCAUGACCGAGGUGGAGGCCGUGCUCGGGCUGCUCGAGGCCGCGGGAGCGCUGAGCCCCGGCGAGCGGCGGCAGCUGGACGAGGAGGCGGGAGGCGCCAAGGCGGAGCUGCUGCUCAAGCUGCUGCUGGCCAAGGAGCGGGACCACUUCCAGGACCUGCGGGCGGCGCUGGAGAAGACGCAGCCUCACCUGCUGCCCAUUCUCUACCUGAACGGCGUCGUCGGGCCGCCACAGCCCUCCGAGGGCGCCGGCUCCACCUACAGCGUCUUGUCCAUCAUGCCCUCAGACUCAGAAAGCAGCAGCUCCCUCAGCAGUGUGGGUACCACCGGGAAGGCGCCAUCCCCUCCACCCCUCCUGCCUGACCGGCAAGUGAACGAGAAGGUGGAGAACCUCUCCAUUCAGCUGCGGCUGAUGACCCGAGAGAGGAACGAGCUGCGGAAGCGCCUGGCCUUCGCGACACAUGGGACGACCUUUGACAAGAGGCCCUACCACAGGCUGAAUCCCGACUACGAGAGGCUGAAGAUCCAGUGUGUGCGGGCCAUGUCGGACCUUCAGAGCCUGCAGAAGCAGCACACCAAUGCCUUGAAGCGGUGCGAGGAGGUGGCCAAGGAGACCGACUUCUACCACACACUCCAUAGCCGGCUCCUGAGCGACCAGACCCAGCUGAAGGAUGAUGUGGACAUGCUGAGGCGGGAGAACGGACAGCUGUUGCGGGAACGUAACCUGCUGCAGCAGUCAUGGGAGGACAUGAAGCGGCUCCAUGAGGAGGACCAGAAGGAGAUUGGUGACCUCCGGGCCCAACAGCAGCAGGUGUUGAAGCACAACGGGUCGUCAGAAAUUCUCAAUAAACUGUACGACACGGCCAUGGACAAGCUGGAGGUGGUCAAGAAGGACUAUGAUGCCCUGCGGAAGAGGUACAGCGAGAAAGUUGCCAUCCACAACUCCGACCUGAGCCGCCUGGAACAGCUGGAGGAGGAGAACCAGCGUCUGCUGAAGCAGACGGAGAUGCUGACUCAGCAGAGGGACACGGCCAUCCAGCUGCAGCACCAGUGUGCCCUCUCCCUGAGGAGGUUUGAGGCCAUCCACCACGAGCUGAACAAGGCCACAGCCCAGAACAAGGACCUGCAGUGGGAAAUGGAGCUGCUGCAGUCGGAGAUGACCGAGCUGAGGACCAUGCAGUUAAAAAUGGCAAAGGAGUCGGAGAAGUACAAGGAGGAGCGGGAUGCCGUGUACAGCGAGUACAAGCUCAUCAUGAGCGAGCGCGACCAGGUCAUCUCUGAGCUCGACAAGCUGCAGACCGAGGUGGAGCUGGCCGAGUCCAAGCUCAAGAGCAGCACGUCCGAGAAGAAGGCGGCCAGCGAGGAGAUGGAGGCACUGAGACAGAUGAAAGACACGGUGACAAUGGAUGCUGGGAGAGCCAACAAGGAGGCUGAAAUCCUUCGAAAGCAAUGCAAGGCUCUGUGCCAGGAACUGAAGGAAGCCCUCCAGGAGGCGGACGUGGCCAAGUGCCGGCGGGACUGGGCCUUCCAGGAGCGGGAUAAGAUCGUGGCGGAACGGGACAGCAUCCGGACGCUCUGUGACAACCUAAGGCGGGAGCGGGACCGGGCGGUGAGCGAGCUGGCCGAGGCCCUGCGCAGCCUGGAUGACACUCGCAAACAGAAGAAUGACGUCAGCCGGGAGCUCAAGGAGCUCAAGGAGCAGAUGGAAUCCCAGCUGGAGAAAGAGGCUCGGUUCCGGCAGCUGAUGGCGCACAGCUCCCACGACUCGGCCAUCGACACAGAUUCCAUGGAGUGGGAAACGGAAAUUGUGGAGUUCGAAAGGGAGACGGAGGAUAUUGACUUGAAGGCACUUGGGUUCGAUAUGGCAGAAGGUGUGAAUGAGCCUUGUUUGCCGGGGGACUGUGGGAUAUUUGUCACUAAAGUGGACAAAGGAAGCAUUGCUGAUGGCCGCUUACGGGUCAAUGACUGGCUGCUGAGAAUCAACGAUGUGGACCUCAUCAACAAGGACAAGAAGCAGGCCAUCAAGGCCCUCCUCAACGGGGAGGGGGCCAUUAACAUGGUCGUGCGGCGGAGGAAGUCCCUGGGCGGGAAGGUGGUCACACCACUGCACAUCAACCUGAAUGGACAGAAAGACAGCGGCAUCUGUCUGGAGAAUGGCGUAUAUGCUGCUGCCGUGAUGCCUGGAAGCCCGGCCGCCAAAGAGGGGUCCCUCGCCGUGGGAGACAGGAUUGUGGCGAUCAAUGGCAUUGCCCUGGACAACAAGUCUCUGAAUGAGUGUGAAUCUCUGCUACGUAGCUGCCAGGACUCCCUGACCCUCUCCCUCCUGAAGGUGUUCCCUCAGAGCUCCUCGUGGAGUGGCCAGAACAUCUUCGAGAACAUCAAGGACUCUGAUAAGAUGCUGAGCAUCCGAGCCCACGGCACCGAGGUACAGGCCCAGAAUAAACGGAGUCUGUUGCAGCACAAUAACUCCACACAGACGGACAUCUUCUAUGCAGACAGGCUGGAGGAGAGAAGGGAGCCGGGCCCCCCAGGAGGCAGCAGCUCUUUCCUGCACAAGCCGUUCCCUGCGGGACCCUUUCCCGUCUCCCCCCAGGCCUGUCCCAGCGCAUCCGAGCGCAGCCUCAGCUCCUUCCGCUCAGACACCUCCGGGGAGCGUGGCUACGGGCUGGUGGAUGUGCGCAGCCGGCGACCGCUGCUGCCCUUCGACACAGAGGGGGGCCCCUGCGGGGCGGCAGAGGCCCCCCUGGAUAAGACAGAACCUGAGAGCUCCAGCAGCGGCGGGACCUGGCCCAAGGCUGUGCUCGGCUCCGCGGCAGGGCCCGAGAAGCUCUCUGUUUAUAAGAAACCAAAGCAAAGAAAGUCUAUCUUUGACCCUAACACUUUCAAACGCCCCCAGACUCCCCCCAAAAUUGACUACCUGCUCCCAGGCCCUGGGUCUGCUCACUCUCCCCAGACCUCUAAGAGGGUGGGGCCUCUGACGCCCCCAAAACCUCCCAGGAGGAGCGACUCCAUUAAGUUCCAGCACAGACUGGAAACCAGUUCCGAGUCUGAGGCUACUCUGGUCGGCAGCUCCCCGUCUGCCAGCCCCCCGAGCGCACUGCCCCCUGGCGUGGACCCCGGGGAACUCACGCACACCUCACCCCCUCGCAAGGCCAGAGUCCGCAUUGCUUCCAGCUACUACCCUGAAGGGGACGGGGACUCCUCCUAUCUGCCUGCCAAGAAGUCCUGUGACGGGGACCUCACCUCCCAGAAGAUGGACGAGCUGGGGCAGAAGCGCCGUCGUCCAAAGUCAGCUCCCAGCUUCCGGCCCAAGCUGGCUCCAGUAGUGAUUCCUGCUCAGUUCCUGGAGGAGCAGAAGUGUGUCCCGGCCAGUGGAGAACUCUGCCCAGAGCUUCAGGAAUGGUCCCCUUACUCACCAGGGCACCCCAGCAGGCACAGCAACCCCCCAUUCUACCCUGGCAGGGCGUCUGUGGGUACUGUUCCCCGGAGUAUGACCCCGAGCACCACUGUGAGCUCCAUCCUGAGGAACCCCAUCUACACUGUGCGUAGCCACAGGGUCGGCCCAUGCAGCUCUCCGCCUGUGCCCAGAGAGGUCGGCCCCCAGGGUUUGCACCCCAGCGUCCAGCAUCAGGGACGCCUGAGCCUGGAUCUGAGCCACAGGACUGGCAGUGACUACUCAGAGAUGAGAACCUCUCAUGGGUCCAACUCUCUGCCCUCCAGCGCCCGCCUUGGGUCUUCAAGCAACUUGCAGUUCAAGGCGGAACGCAUUAAAAUCCCUUCGACACCAAGAUACCCACGGUCUGUUGUGGGCUCCGACAGAGGUUCGUUGUCACAUUCUGAGUGCAGCACGCCUCCCCAGUCACCCCUGAACAUCGACACCCUGUCCUCAUGUAGCCAGUCCCAGACCUCAGCCUCCACGUUGCCCAGGAUUGCCGUCAACCCCGCGGCCCUCGGGGAACGGAGAAAGGACCGGCCCUAUGUGGAGGAGCCACGCCACGUCAAGCUGCAGAAGGGCUCGGAGCCUCUGGGCAUCUCCAUCGUGAGUGGAGAGAAGGGCGGGGUCUACGUCUCCAAGGUGACUGGGGGAAGCAUCGCCCACCAGGCUGGCCUCGAGUAUGGGGAUCAGUUACUUGAGUUCAAUGGCAUAAACCUGCGGAGUGCCACGGAGCAACAGGCCCGGCUCAUCAUUGGACAGCAGUGUGACACUAUCACCAUUCUGGCCCAGUACAACCCACAUAUGCACCAGCUCAGCUGCCACUCUCGGUCCAGCUCCCACCUGGACCCUGUUGGCGCUCACUCCACUCUCCAGGGCAGCAGCGCCACCAGCCCGGAGCAUCCCUCUGUCAUCGACCCGCUGAUGGAGCAGGACGAGGGCCCUGGUGCCCCGCCGGCCAAGCAGAGCACCCCCAGUUCCAGGAUGGUGGGAGAAGCCAACAAGAAGACCCCAGAGCCGAGACUUGUCUUCAUCAAAAAGUCCCAGCUGGAGCUUGGCGUGCAUUUAUGUGGAGGGAACCUGCACGGGGUGUUUGUGGCUGAGGUGGAGGAUGAUAGUCCUGCCAAGGGCCCCGAUGGCCUUGUGCCAGGAGACCUCAUCCUUGAGUACGGCAGUCUGGACAUGCGCGGCAAGACGGUGGAGGAGGUCUAUGUGGAGAUGCUGAAGCCCAAGGACGGUGUCCGUCUCAAGGUGCAGUACCGCCCUGAGGAGUUUACCAAGGUGAAGGGCCUGCCUGGUGACAGCUUCUACAUCAGGACCCUCUACGACCGGCUGGCCGAGGUAGAGCAUGAGCUGAGCUUUAAGAAAGAUGACAUCCUCUACAUUGACGACACUUUGCCUCAGGGCACAUUUGGGUCCUGGAUGGCCUGGCAGCUGGACGAGAAUGCCCAGAAGAUCCAGCGCGGGCAGAUCCCCAGCAAAUACGUGAUGGACCAAGAAUUCUCCAGGAGACUCAGCAUGUCUGAAGUCAAAGACGACAACAACGCCACAAAGACGCUGUCGGCAGCUGCACGCAGAUCCUUCUUCCGAAGGAAACAUAAGCACAAACGCAGCGGGUCCAAAGAUGGGAAGGACCUCCUGGCCUUGGACACCUUUUCCAACGACACCAUUCCACUCUUUGAAGAUUCGGUGAGCCUUGCCUAUCAGCGGGUCCAGAAAGUAGACUGCACCUCCCUGAGGCCCGUCCUCAUUCUGGGGCCCUUACUGGAUGUGGUGAAGGAGAUGCUGGUGAACGAGGCGCCCGGCAAGUUCUGCAGAUGCCCCCUUGAGGUGAUGAAGGCCUCCCAGCAGGCCAUCGAGCGGGGUGUCAAAGACUGCCUGUUCGUCGACUAUAAGCGGAGGAGUGGCCAUUUUGAUGUGACCACGGUGGCUUCCAUAAAGGAGAUCACAGAAAAGAACCGGCACUGUCUCCUGGACAUCUCCCCCCAUGCCAUCGAGCGGCUGCACCACAUGCACAUCUACCCCAUUGUCAUCUUCAUCCACUACAAGAGCGCCAAACACAUCAAGGAGCAGAGAGACCCCAUCUACCUGAAGGACAAGGUGACUCAGAGGCAUUCCAAAGAGCAGUUUGAGACGGCUCAGAAGAUCGAACAGGAGUACAGUAGAUACUUCACAGGGGUCAUCCAGGGAGGAGCCCUGUCGAGCAUUUGCACUCAGAUCUUGGCAAUGGUCAAUCAAGAACAAAACAAAGUCCUGUGGAUUCCAGCCUGCCCGCUGUAG